UGAUUUGGUCCUUGUAUAGGAAGUUGUUUCUCUGAAGGGAAGGUAGACAAAAUUAUAAGGCCACAUUCUGAAGGCUAUCUCAGUUCUGUCCGGAGAUCCAUACUAACCCUAAUUCGGAAGUGACUACUGGCCGCAGAGGACAGCCUCUCUUCCGGAACGAAGACCUUACGGACAGUUUGUUUCCGGGGGGUUGCCCGAGACUGGUGCCCCGUUGCGCCCCGCCCCUUACACAGCCACGUCCUACCGGAGCCGCAGGGUUGGGCCGCUACGGGAAUCAUGGUAUUGCUUGGUUUGACUUCAAGCCAUUUAUGAGACAUUAAACCUUACCCUGAAAAUGGAAAGCAGCAUGAGAUUCUUCUUAGAAGCUCUGAGCUGUUGCUGAUGGCAAAAAGCAAACUUAAUCUAGAGUUACUUGUAGCUCCUCAGAAUCUUCUUAGUCUGGGCUGCCCUGACCAUGGAUGGAGCAUCAGCCAAACAGGAUGGCCUCUGGGAAAAUAAGUCCAGCAAUGAUGUUUCAUCUUGCCCUGAAGCCUCACUAGAGAAUGUAGGCUCUUUGGCCAAACCACCUGACCAACAGGAUACAGCUCAGGAUGCCAGUGUUGAGGUAAACAGAGUUUUUAAGGAAGAAGGAAGCCCAGAUAGAUCCAGCCAGGUGGCCAUCUGUCAGAAUGGGCAGAUCCCAGACCUUCAGUUGUCUCUAGAUCCCACAACAAGCCCAGUGGGGCCUGAUGCCUCUACAGGUGUGGAUGGUUUCCAUGACAACCUAAGGAACUCUCAGGGAACUAGUGCUGAGGGCAGUGUUAGAAAAGAAGCUUUGCAGUCUCUCAGACUCAGUCUUCCCAUGCAAGAAACGCAACUGUGCUCCACUGCAUCUUCAUUGUCCUUGGAAAAGGAGGAGCAGGUCCGACUGCAGGCCCGGAAGCGGCUGGAAGAGCAGCUGAUGCAGUACCGAGUUAAGCGCCAUCGGGAGAGGUCCAGCCAGCCUGCAACUAAAAUGAAACUUUCUAGUACACUUGAUCCUGAGCUCAUGUUAAAUCCAGAAAAUUUGCCAAGGGCCAGUACUGUAGCUGUGACAAAGGAAUAUUCCUUCCUGCGUACCAGUGUUCCUCGAGGGCCCAAGGUAGGCAGCUUAGGGCUGCUGGCACAUUCUAAGGAGAAAAAGAACUCCAAGUCAAGCAAGAUCCGGUCUCUGGCUGACUACAGAACUGAGGAUUCAAGUGACUCUGGUGGUCUUGGUUCUACUGCUGAUGCUGUUGGAAGUUCCCUGAAACAAAGUAGAAGUAGCACUUCGGUUGUGUCUGAGGUUAGCCCGUCAUCUGAGACUGAUAACCGUGUAGAGAGUGCCUCUCUGACUGGGGAUAGUGUGUCAGAGGCUGAUGGAAAUGAGAGUGACAGUUCUUCACACAGCAGCUUCUCUGCCCGAGGGGCCUAUGGUGUCCUGGGGAAUGUGGGCAUGCCAGGAGCAGCUUACAUGGUUGAUGGCCAAGAGAUUUCUGCUGAGGUCCUGGGCCAGUUUCCUUCAAUUAAAGAUGUACUACAGGCUGCAGCAGCCCAGCAACAAGAUCAGAACCAGGAAGCCAACAGGGAAGUGCGGAGCCGUAGAGACAGCAUCUGCAGCAGUGUGUCCAUGGAGAGCUCUUUGGCUGAACCACAGGAUGAAGUGUUGCAGAUUCUUAAAGAUAAAAGGAGACUUGAAGGACAGGUGGAGGCUUUGUCAUUAGAAGCCAGUCAGGCACUUCAAGAGAAGGCUGAGUUACAGGCCCAGCUCGCAGCCCUGAGCACAAGGCUACAGGCACAGGUGGAACACAGCCACAGCAGCCAGCAGAAGCAAGACUCCCUUAGUUCCGAAGUGGAUACCUUGAAGCAGUCUUGUUGGGAUCUAGAGCGGGCCAUGACUGACCUGCAGAACAUGCUAGAAGCUAAAAAUGCCAGUCUGGCAUCCUCAAACAAUGACCUCCAGGUGGCAGAGGAGCAGUAUCAGAGACUGAUGGCCAAAGUAGAAGACAUGCAGAGAAACAUCCUCAGCAAGGACAACACAGUGCAUGACCUGCGGCAGCAGAUGACAGCACUACAGAGCCAGCUCCAGCAAGUACAGCUGGAGCGCACAACACUAACCAGCAAACUGCAAGCAUCACAGGCUGAAAUCACUUCUCUGCAGCAUGCCCGGCAGUGGUACCAACAGCAGCUUGCUUUGGCCCAGGAGGCCAGGGUCAGGCUGCAAGGAGAGAUGGCCCACAUCCAGGUUGGACAGAUGACCCAAGCGGGCCUUUUGGAGCACCUGAAGCUUGAGAAUGUGUCCCUGUCGCAACAACUGACAGAAACUCAGCAUCGAUCCAUCAAGGAGAAAGAGCGCAUAGCUGUUCAGCUGCAGAGCAUUGAGGCUGACAUGUUGGAUCAGGAGGCAGCAUUUGUACAGAUUCGGGAGGCAAAGACAAUGGUAGAAGAGGACCUCCAAAGGAGGCUGGAAGAAUUUGAAGGUGAACGGGAGCAGUUACAGAAAGUGGCAGAUGCAGCAGCAUCCCUGGAACAACAAUUGGAACAGGUGAAGCUGACAUUGUCUCAGCGAGAUGAGCAGCUUGCAGCACUUCAGCAGGAGCACCUGGAUGUGAUAAAGCAGCUUACAUCUACGCAGGAGGCGCUACAGGCCAAAGGGCAGACCCUCGAUGACCUGCAUACACGUUAUGAUGAGCUACAGGCAAGGCUGGAGGAGCUGCAGAGAGAGGCUGACUCCAGGGAGGAUGCAAUUCACUUCUUGCAGAAUGAGAAGAUUGUCUUGGAAGUGGCUCUGCAGUCGGCUAGGAGUGACAAGGAAGAACUGGACAGAGGAGCGAGGCGUUUGGAAGAAGAUACUGAGGAGACAUCAGGAGUUUUGGAACAAUUGAGACAAGAUUUAGCUGUCAAGUCCAACCAGGUGGAGCACUUGCAGCAAGAGACAGCCACAUUGAGAAAACAGAUGCAGAAAGUAAAGGAGCAGUUUCUUCAGCAAAAGGUGAUGGUAGAGGCAUACCGUCGAGAUGCUACUUCCAAAGACCAACUCAUUAAUGAGCUGAAAGCCACCAAAAAACGGCUGGACUCAGAGAUGAAGGAACUGAGGCAGGAGCUGAUGAAGCUGCAUGGGGAGAAGAAGACUGUGGAAGUCGAGCACUCACGACUGCAGAAGGACAUGUCUCUGGUUCACCAGCAGAUGGCAGAGCUUGAGGGGCAUCUUCAGUCAGUGCAGAAAGAACGAGAUGAAAUGGAGAUUCACCUGCAGUCUCUGAAGUUUGACAAAGAGCAGAUGAUAGCCCUUACUGAGGCCAAUGAGACACUAAAGAAACAAAUAGAAGAACUGCAACAAGAGGCCAAGAAGGCCAUCACAGAACAGAAGCAGAAGAUGAAGAGGCUGGGCUCAGAUCUGACCAGUGCCCAGAAGGAGAUGAAGACGAAGCACAAGGCUUAUGAGAAUGCUGUGAGCAUUCUCAGCCGUCGCCUGCAGGAGGCUCUGGCCACUAAGGAGGCCACAGAUGCGGAGCUGAACCAGCUCAGAGCUCAGAGCACAGGUGGCAGCAGUGACCCUGUUCUACAUGAGAAGAUUCAUGCUCUGGAGGUGGAACUGCAGAAUGUUGGUCAAAGCAAGAUACUGUUGGAGAAGGAGUUACAAGAGGUGAUCACAAUGACUAGCCAGGAGCUGGAAGAGUCCCGGGAGAAGGUGCUGGAGCUAGAAGAUGAGCUUCAAGAAUCCAGAGGCUUCAGAAAGAAGAUAAAACGUCUUGAAGAGUCAAAUAAGAAACUAGCUCUGGAGUUAGAACAUGAACGAGGAAAGCUCACCGGCCUUGGACAAUCUAAUGCAGCUCUGCGGGAGCACAACAGCAUUCUGGAGACUGCUCUAGCCAAGAGGGAAGCUGACCUGGUACAGCUGAAUCUCCAGGUACAGGCAGUUUUACAGCGCAAAGAGGAGGAGGAUCGCCAGAUGAAGCAACUUGUCCAAGCCUUACAAGUCUCAUUAGAGAAAGAAAAGAUGGAAGUGAACAGCCUAAAGGAACAGAUGGCUGCUGCCAGGAUAGAAGCUGGACACAACCGCCGCCACUUUAAGGCAGCUACUUUGGAGCUGAGUGAGGUGAAGAAAGAACUGCAAGCCAAAGAACACCUGGUACAGACACUGCAGGCUGAAGUGGAUGAUCUGCAGAUUCAGGAGGGAAAGCAUUCUCAAGAAAUAGCACAAUUCCAGACUGAGCUGGCAGAAGCUAGAACCCAGCUCCAGCUCCUACAGAAGAAGCUAGAUGAGCAGAUGAGCCAGCAACCGACAGGGAGCCAAGAGAUGGAAGAUCUCAAAUGGGAAUUGAAUCAGAAAGAACGAGAGAUUCAGUCCCUGAAGCAGCAGCUUGGCUUGACAGAGCAACAGGGCAAGAAAGAACUAGAGGGUACACAGCAGACACUUCAGACUAUCAAGUCUGAGUUGGAAAUGGUACAGGAAGAUCUGUCUGAGACCCAGAAGGAUAAGUUUAUGCUUCAAGCCAAAGUGUCUGAACUGAAGAACAACAUGAAGACUCUGCUGCAGCAGAACCAACAGCUCAAGCUGGACCUCCGCCGUGGUGCAGCCAAGAAGAAAGAGCCAAAAGGUGAGUCCAACUCAUCCAGUCCUGCAACACCCAUCAAGAUACCAGACUGCCCUGUCCCAGCCUCAUUACUAGAGGAGCUGCUGAGGCCCCCACCUGCUGUGAGCAAGGAGCCCCUCAAGAAUCUCAACAGCUGUUUGCAGCAGCUCAAGCAGGAAAUGGACAGUCUACAGCGCCAGAUGGAGGAGCAUACCAUCACUGUGCAUGAAUCCCUGUCCUCCUGGGCUCAGGUGGAAGCUGCCCCAGCAGAGCAUGCCCAUCCCCGGGGAGAUACAAAACUACAUAAUCAAAACAGUGUUCCCAGAGAAGGUCUGGGCCAAUGACCACUGUUGUCCUAAUCACCAAGUAUUUGUGGCUGUUGAAGAACUACUCUUAACAAUAUUAUUUAUUUGAUCGAAUGCUCUGGUGGCGUUUCUUUUUGUUGUUGUUUUUUCCUUUUUUUAAGAAAUGAGAUUUAAAUUUUCCUUUACUUUUUUAUCAAGGAUUAAAACAACAGAAAAAACUGGGAGGUAGUGGUACACACUUUUAAUCCCAGCACCCAGGAGGCAGAUGCAGGCAUGAUCUCUAGGAGUUUGAGGCCAGCAUGUUCUACAGAUCAAUAGUUCCAGAACAGCCAGGGCUACAAAGAGAGACUGUCAUAAAUAAUAAAUAAGUAAAUAAAUAAACAAACAAGUAAAUAAAUAAAUGGAUGAAGCAAAGAUUAAAAACAGUCAUUUUAAACCACAACUAGCUUUUCUCAUGAAAUGACCAAAUCUUAAAAACAUCAGAGUUUGGACUGCUGGUGAAAUCUGAGUGAAUCUAUCUGAACAGUCACUUGCAGAAGGACACACAUAAAACCUUUACUUUCCUACAUAAAUGAGUUUUUAUUUACACCUUUUGCUUUUUAUUUCAUUUGCUUUUCAAACUAUCCUACCUAAAUAAGAUGUAUAUAUGAAUAUUAAGUCUUUUGAAAACAUAUAUCUAUAUUAUUUAAGGACCUAAUUGUCUUACUGAUUUCCUUUUGAAAUUUUACUAUGGAAAACAGUUAUACAUGUAGCUUUAGGAAUAUCAGUUUAAAAAUGUAUUUUAAGAAAUAUAACUUAGCCGGGCAGUGGUGGCGCACGCCUGUAAUCCCAGCACUCUGGGAGGCUGAGGCAGGUGGAUUUCUGAAUUCAAGGCCAGCCUGGUCUACAGAGUGAGUUCCAGGAUAGCCAGGGCUAUACAGAGAAACCCUGUCUCGAAAAAAACAAAUCCAAAAAAAAAAGAAAUAUAACUUAUUUUCUAUGCAUCCUAAAACCAAAUACUCUUGGCACAGAAAGAGUUGUUUUAGUUUUAGUCUUUUUAUUUCUGAGAGUCUUUUCUGCCAACAUCUCCAUGAAUUAAUAACACCUCUCAACUCUGUGGCUUUACAUGGUUUUACUCACUUUGGCCCUACCAACAGGGCAGAGCUAGUCAGGCCUUGCAGUUAGCAGGGGACAAAAGGACCUCCAAGGUCUCCUCAUAGUAACUUGACAUUUGGAGAACACUGGUAGAGGAAAAGAGUAGGAGAGGAGGCAGCCUUGGUCUUGGGUUAUAGGCUGCAUACACUGUGUCCCAAAGAUAGUUUAUUAAGCACUGUGAAUGUCUGUGCGGCCAUCAGGAACUACCAUGGACAUCUACUGAAUACUUGUGGCACAAGAAGUCAGAGUAAUACCUGGAAGAGGGUAGUAGGCAGCUUUGGUCUUCUAAGACAAGUCAAGAGACAAAAGCUUUUUUAAAGUCAGCACUAAGUGUGUGAUUUAUUGCUGUCUGCUUCCCAAAUCAUAAUAAUGCUUUAUAUACUGACUAAUUAGAACAGUUGAGGUCUUUAAUCUUUGUGAAUGCUCAUGAAGAAAAUUUAAAAUAAAGUGGGUUUUUUGAUUCAUAACUGUAAUUCCAGCAUUUUGGAGGCAGACUCAGGAAAAAGAUCAGUUUAAGACUAGUUUUCAGCUAUAUAGCAAGUUCCAGUCAAGAGUGGGUUACAUGAAACCCAUGACUUAAAAAGACAUAUAAGCUGGAACAACAACAAAAAAGAUAUGAAAUAUUGUUAGAAGGGAAAGAGAGAAAGACCUGAAGAAGGAAGCUCUAAGUAUUAGUGAUCAGCUAGUUGGUGUCUUUUAGUGGGUUUCUUGUCUAUGUUGUGGAUAGUCAGUUUGGAAUUUUUAAUCUGUGUUCUCUUAUAAUAUCCUAUUAGAAGGUUAGCUAAUGUGGUUAAAGUAGAACUAUCCACAGUAAUGUCAGUGUUUGAAAAAUAUUCUCUAGCAAGUAUUGGAACUUCAAAAUGUAUAAAUCAUUUGUACAGGGUUUAUCUUUUAAAAAAUUUUAAAACUUUAUUAUAAAUAUACCUUUUCAAUCUCUAAGUUAGAAAUUAUAAAAAGAUAAUAAUUUACAUUCUUAUUUAUUUUGUAUUUUUAAUGUCAAACCCAAGAAAUAGUACUUGGUUUGGACUUAAUUCUGCAACCUUCUUCUAUGUGAAGAGAUCUUCAAGUGAGUUGUGUUGAUUGUGUUGUCUGGGAAAGAGUAAGCUAAUUCUGAACUCAUUCAAGUGAAGGUUGGUUUCAUGGGUUAACCCCCAUUUCUUCGGUUGCUUUGCUGUCCCAUACGCACGUACACUCUUAAUAUCCUCAGAAAUGGCUCUUCUCCUAAACUUUGUAGUCUGCCUUGUAGAUUCUUGGCUAAGUUCCUCUUGGCUCCAUGAAAGGCCUGGCAUGUCUUGGCUUCUUUCUCUGUCCCUCUUUGUGCACCAAUGUGUCUUUUUUCACAUUUGUGGCUCAGAGGACUCUCAGAUUGGAGCUGGCAUUCUCUUAGGGUUCUUUAAGUCACCUUGAAUUUGAGUUUUCAAGUUUCCUUUUUUGUUUGUUUGGUUUGGUUUUUUUUCUUUCCUAAGAGGGAUCUAAGGGAUUCUAUUGUACUUCACCUCCUUGAGCUUAUUCUUGAGUGAAUAUAGCUUGAUUACUGUUGCCUCUGCAGCCAAAACUGGGAACUUUAGAUAUGCUCAUGAAAACCUGCAGGCAGGUCUGGAGGGUUGUUUUUUCAGGCAGGCUCACACCAUUGUGAACGAUUUGAGCAUAUAUCAUAUAUGCUGUACCAUGUCUUAUACUGGACACUUUGGCUUGCAUGAUUUGCACUAUUAGUUGGUUUUCUUAAGUUUAAAAAAAUUACCAUGAAAUUUCAAUCAUUGUUUUUCUGGUAGACAUCCAAUUGAUGCCAUGAUUUUAGAUUUUUACACCAUUGUAGUAAGCAAUGAUUUUGAGAAGAUGUAAGGCUGACUUUACAUGGACUUCAGGGAGCAGGACUGCUGUCUCAGAAGGUAGUCUUAGUGUAUAUAUCAGAAAGCUUGGUUAAAUUCUUCUCCAUUUCACAAUAAACUUUACCAUUAUGUGGAUAUUGUAAAAGCCAGAGUCUUAUAGGUCACUAUGAUAUAUAUUUUUCAUAUAUUUUGAAAUAAAAAUUGGUAGGUGAUUUUGGAUUUGAAAGGGACCAUCAUAUUUUAAAAGUCCUGGAGCCUUGGAGCAUCCCAGUGAUAAUAAUAAUACUGUGGCAUGAGAUAUCCUGAGUCUUAUCCUAACAUGCUCAGUAGUUUGGAAUUCUAGCUCAAUCUACUCUGUAGUGGUCAUAGGUACUGACAGGAUCUUUGGGUCCAUGUCCAGUUUAGGGGGUCCAAAAUUUCAGUGGUUUUUGAGUUUCUCAUUUUUAUAAAAAGUUAUCUCACAAGGGAGUCUUCACAUUGGGGCUUUCCCCAGGAAACUGUCAUCACUGGUAACAAACUGUAACUUUAAAAGGCAUGUUGUUGCUGUUAUUGUUUUGCCUUUUUUUAAUGUAAGUAUGUUUGGGAACUCCUUACAUUUUAUGCAAUAAACUAUUUUUGGUAAA